UUGGUAUUUUCAAUUUGAUCAUGGCAAUCUUUUUGGACAAUGUGGUGAGCCAACAAACCUUGCGAAAGCAAAAGGAGCUGGCCGAGACUGCUCUCAAAUCGCAAGUUUCAAUACAGUCUCAGUGUGAUGUGAUUCCCCAAAGUACUACCAGGCGGGCCAUUGCUGACAUCAUUGGAUUCGAAGACCAGCCUGUUGACAUUCCGCAUGAUCUGCACACACUUGACAUGAAACAUCAGUGCAAGGCCAUGGACAAGAUCCUUUCAAGAUUGGAUUUGACUGUGACCAGGGACCGAUUCUCAAAGUGGUUGGAACACGAUUCGUUCACUGCCGUGCUAGAGAGAGCUGGCAUUGACACGUCAAUCCGUACCCAGUUGUUUGACAUUUUGGACGCUGAUUCUGGAGGGCUUCUGAAUGUUGAUGAGUUGAUCUCCGGUCUUAUGAGCGUGCGAGGGCACGUCACCAAAGGUGAUAUUAUUGCCAUGAGCUUGAAAGUACGAUAUAUCUCCCAGCUGGUUGAGACCUUGAGUAACACAAGUUUGCCAACAGAAUCCAGGCGAAGAAGGGCGAGCUCCUCUCAAUGAAAGACUUGAGCCUCGCUCAAUUGGUUUUGAGUGUGACAUUUGGGUCGGAACAGUUUUGUUCGCCGCAGUAAUUUGCGCGGAGAAGUUUGUCAGACAAAGUCGGUAAAAUCGGCUUUGACGUACAUGCAGAAAGGAGUAAUCUCCCCAAGGGAGACGCAAGGCCUUUGCAGUCCUUCAACAGAUGAA